AUGGAUUUUCCCGAACUCCAGCGUUCGGGGAAGCUAGUGUUGCCCGAACUCUGGAGUUCGGGAAACAUGGAUUUUCCCAACAGCCUCUGGUUUAUGGUUCAUUAUAUGGUACGUGGUAGAAGAAGAGGUGAAGCUUCUUCAUCUCACCAGCCUUCUUCUUCUUCUCGGGAGCGUCCUACUGCAUCAACUAGAAGAAGAAUGAGGACCGAGAGUUCCAGUGAACAGACUAUUUUAGAGGAAGAGCCAGUAGCAGAUUAUGUGACACUAGUUGAGAAGCAUCCCAACCCUAAUCAACGGGAAGCAACUGAUCAACUAUCUUACUCUCAGCACGACGAUGAUAUUUCUAAACCACUACCUGAGGGCCCUAGUGAUAGAUCUAUUCUAAAAAGUUUUAAAAAUUAUGUUGCAUUUGCAAUAUGGGCAGGAGAGCCAUUGGAUAAUCAGCCUCGUGUUCGUGAUAUUGUUAUGGAUUCUAGUUUGUCACCAUUGCUAGAGUGUACUUAUCGAAAUAUAAAUCAUGCUAUAGUCUCAGCAUUUACAGAGAGAUGGCAAUCUGAGACUAAUACAUUUCAUUUACCAUUUGGUGAGAUAAGUAUAACAUUAUAUGAUGUUGCUGCUAUUUUGAAGAUUCCAGUAACAGGAAGAUCUGUAUCUGUGCCUCAUCAUUUGACACCUAGUGAAGCUAGUGAUUUAUUAUACAAGAGUGGGACAUUAGUUUCAGUAACGUAUUUGACAUUAUUAGAUGAUUUAAGUAUGAUCGGUAAUUAUGUAUGGGGAGCUGCGUGUCUAGCAUAUUUGUAUCGACAGCUCGGCAUUGCUACUAGACGAGAGGUGAAGAGUAUUGCUGGAUAUCUUACCUUACUUGAGGGAGCAGCUUGA